GACUCCCGCCGCCCGAACAUCUUUUCCGAGGCCUGGCAAGUCGCUUUUUCUCCCCGGGUUGCAGUGCAGGGAGGCGCGCCUAGGGUCCCGGAGCGGUCGCGCGCCCCGAAGUGGCUGUCGCGGGAGCAGCAGAUAGGUCCUGCGUGCCGUCUCAGCAUCUUAGCACAGCAGCCGGGUGAAAGGCAGAGAUUCUGAGACCGUGCAUCUCCUGGACCAGCACCAUCACCGGCUCAGUCAUCUUCCGAAUCCCGCUAUGGCAUCAGCGUUGAAGGUCAAAGAUACCACAGUUUCUGAGAGAACAGUUGUAGUCUCUGGACUUCCAGUUGGUCUUUUAAAGGACCAGUUAGUGAAGCGCUACUUCCAAGACGAGGGUGGACAUGUGGAAGAGGUGAUCUAUCCAUCAAGAUCCAAAGGAGUUGCAUAUAUCAUCUUCAAGGAAAAGAAAGUUGCACAAGAUGUCGUCAGACAAAAGAAUCACCCUCUAGGCUCAGAGCCUAGGCUCACAGUCUCUCACUUCAGUGAAAAGGUCUUCAACUAUGUGAUGGCCAUUCUUGAUCUGUCUGUCUUUCGCUCUCAAAUCGAGCUAGAAAGCCUAGUUGUGGACCUGAAAAAGAAAAUCCCAACUUUAAACUUUAGCCCAUUGGGACCCAGUGGGAAAAUCUCUGUGCAAGGUUCAUUUCUGGCCAUCAUGAAGCUCAAACAGGCUUUGCUAUCAAAAGCCAUUGCCCCUUUAGAAAACAACAGGAAAGAUGCUGGUGAAAGGAGAAACUGGAACGGAGAGAACUCUAGAAGGAUCCGGCAGAAAAGCAAGAACUCGGCGUCGCUACUCGGGACCUUUGUACCUGAGCCUGCCGGCAGCCCAGAAACACUUGUGCUCGACACAGACAUUUUCCUUUACCUGAAACACAAGUGUGAGUCUUAUCAUCCAACACUGAGCAAAUACCAUGUCCUGUGUCAGGAGAGGGUGGAUGGGGACGUCACUACCAUUUGUCUACAAGACGCCCGGGAUGGGUCUUGCUCUGGCAGUGUCAGACAUGUGAAAGAGUUCAUUGAAGAGUGUGCCCAGGAGUUCCACCUUGAGCUCAGAAAAGAGCUAUUGGUUUUGGAAGGAAGGGGAGAUGGAGAGAAAAGAAACAUUAGGCAGGCUUUAGAAGAACUGUGUUGCAGAUAUCCUAGAGUUUUGGUGAACGUUCACAGUACACAUAUUGAUCUUAUAGGACCUUCUUCUGACACAUACCCGUUUAAGACACAGCUCAUGAAAUCUGCAGGGUAAAAGGUCACUUGAAAUCUCAGCCACAGUUAUCAUGGUCACUCCCCCUGUCCCUCCCCCAUCUAAGGUACAGGAGAAGGUAAGAUUUAAGGAUAUGAUACUACUUAUCCAAAGUUACCCAGCAGACAACAAACGGGACUAGCAUUGAAUAAAAAGUAAUAUCUAAAUCAAACCUUGAAAAGAGAACUCACUAAAUGUUGAAGAAAUCUCACUUUCCCUCCAAAUCUAAAAUUACUAGGAUCAGAAGUCUUCCGCUGCAUAGGUUUGCAUGACUAUUUUUGCUGUUGCUAGCUUCUCAGGUUUUGCAUUCUCCCCCACACAGCAUUAGAAUGUUGGCCAAGCUCACUUGGGAAGUUGUGAUUCUGUUAGGAUUGUGGGGGAAUCUUGGGAGAAGUCUGUGCGAUGGCUUUUGUGGGUGGCUCUUGCUUGGCGAUAGUGUGGCAUCCACUUGAGCACUGUAAGUUGAAAACAUUGUGAGUCAGCAGUGCCGUUAAUCCAAGUAAUUUUCAGAACACUCUAGACUUGCCAAACUGCCCACAGUGAAGAAAUGACUGCUUACCCUGGUUGCUGCGUUGACUGCCAGCUCAGGCUCGCUGCUGCUCGGCAUUGCUAGAGAGCAUUGUACCGUGGAUCAGCACUUGCCUGGAAAAGAUUCAGUGUCUGAAGUACUAUUUCUCCUGGCUUUUUAUUCCUCUUGUACCAUAAUAAAGUAAAACCUACAGAAAAUUAAAUUGUGAGCUGCAUCGUUACUGAGCCAAGCAGCAUCUGCAUCCACCAUC